AGUUCGGCAAACCGGUUCAGCUCACCGACGAGCACGGCAACCCCAUGCACAUCACCGGCGUCGCCACCACCCACGGCGCUGCUUCCGCCUUGCACGUGCCUCCGGUUCCUCCUGUGGCUGAGCCGCUUCACGCCCCACCACCGGAGCCUCAGCAUCACUCUCUGCAGGACCAAUUACAUCGCUCCGGCAGCUCCACCUCUAGCUCGUCGGAGGAUGAUGGGCAAGGGGGGAGAAGGAAGAAGAAAGGGGUGAAAGAGAAGAUAAAGGAGACCUUUAGCGGAGGGAAGCAUAAAGAUGCGUCACACGAGACGACGACGGUGCCGGGGCACGAGAAGAAGGGUAUAAUGGAGAAGAUCAAGGAGAAGCUCCCCGGCCACCACCACAAUCCCUGAGGGAAGGGAAAUCAUUAAAUAAUAGUAAUGGGUAAUAAAUGAUGAUAUCCGGUGUGACCAAGUAUAUAUGUUGUUGUUUGGUUAUGUUGGUUGUGUGAUUAUUUACAUGUAUGUUGGAGUUUGUUAUGCACAUGAAACCUUGUGGGACUUUUGUUAUGCAUUCGUGUCUCACCUUUCACGAUUCGGUGGUUGUGUGAUUAUUUAAUAAAUUUGGUUUUAGUUUUA